GUUGUGGUUUCUUGGUGGGUUGUGAGUUGUUGAAGGUUGUUAUUGGUGAGCUGUUGUGAUUCCUUGGUGUUGUUAGUGGGUGUGUGUUACCUUUUUGUGUUGUUGUUUUGUGUUGGGUUAUAGUCCUUGGUUGCUGUGUUAUUGGGUUGUGGUUGUUGUUGUUGUUGGUAUUUCUGUGACCUUAACCAGCGGACGGCACAGGAUAGCCCUGGAAUAUCUGGAGUUGAAGGAAAAUCUGCACCACCAAAACUUCACAAGUUUAUGCACCCAAAAAACCCAUAUCGUACUCCACCAAGUUUUAAGAAACUUGCUCAAAAUUAUGUUGGGUUUAGAGCCCACUGCACAUAUGAACUUGAUGGAAAAGUUCGCUUGAAUUUUAAAGACCCUUUGGCAUUGCGAGAAUUAACGACCUGUUUGCUGGAUCAAGAUUUUGGCCUUAAGGUAAAUAUACCUGAAGGCCGGCUGGUACCAACACUACCCUUGCGUUUUAAUUACUUACUGUGGAUUGAGGAUCUACUAAACCUUUCAGGAUGUCGCAGUAUUCAGAAAGACUUAACCAUUGGUCUUGAUGUUGGAUGUGGGGCUACUUGCAUAUAUCCUCUGCUAGCAGCUAAACAAAAUGGAUGGUACAUGUUAGCCACUGAAGCUGAUAACAUAAACUAUGAUUGUUCAGUUUCAAAUGUCAAGACCAAUAAUUUGGAAAGUCAUAUUGUCAUUCGAAAGGUAAAACAGGAUGUGAUUUUAAAAGGUGUACUAGAAAGUGAGGAAACUCUCAGUGACAUCAAGAUGUUUCAAAAUCAUCAAAACAGUACAGAGUCCGGAUCAGUUGCAAGAAUGCAGACAGAACACUCUAAUGUCAGCCAUCAGAAGACUGGAGAUGGUUACUUACUUGAUUUUAUGAUGUGCAACCCUCCUUUCUUUGGAUCACUAGAGGAAACUUAUUCCAUGAACAAGAGCAGAAAGGACAGAGGAGAACCUAGAAGUGUCGCAACUGGAGCUGUUCAAGAAACUGUUACAGAAGGUGGUGAAGUUUCCUUCAUUUGUCAGAUGAUAGAUGAGAGUUUUCUCUACAAAGAAAAAAUAAGGAUUUUUUCCUCCAUGAUAGGAACCAAAGCACAUGUGAAAGACGUAAAAGACAAAUUGAAGUCUGUCAACCCUGCACACAUUGCUGUUGUAGAAUUUUGCCAAGGAAGGACUAUGAGAUGGGGCAUAGCUUGGACUUUUAAUCCUUCUAUGCAUUUAGAAAAUGUUAUGAGUAAGAAGCAAAUGGAUUCUGCUAAGCCUCUAGUUCUUAUGCUGUCUCGUAGCUUAAUGACAGUAUACACAGUUCCAGCAGCUUGGGCUAUGAUUAAUAAGUGGCUUCAUAAGUUGAAGAUAAGUGUCCAGGUGUUUAAAAAUACCAAAUAUUUUGUUGGUGCCAAUGUGAAAGCUUACAAACCUACUUGGCUUCAUCAGCGAAGAAAGCGUAGAGAACAAAAAAGAAAGGCAACCAGAGGAAAAGAAAGUGAGAAAGCAGAGUCCGAGUUGGAAAGUGCCCUAGAUAGUCAUACAGUUAGUGAAAAUAGUGAAACUAUGGAAAAUGUUGGCAUGGAAGUUGAUGAUAAGGUCUCACUGAAAAGAGCUUAUACAGGUGAUACUGAGGAAGAGGAGGUAAAUUCUCAGGAUGGUAUAAAAAGGCAUAAAGUAGCUGUAAGCAGUGUGAUAGAAGGACAAGGAAACCAGCAAGUCAUAGCAUGUGAAACAUCUGUUACUACCCAUCACAAGAGUGAAGAAAUUGAGGAAGUAGAUGAAUUAGACAGUAAAUUUUCCAAAAAGAAAACACAAAACAAUUCAAGGACUAAAAGUGAUGGCAAUCAAAAUAGUUCUGUACAAGGGGGUUCUGGAGGGUUGGAGUGCAUUUUGAAAGCAAAAUUGCAAUUGAAGCAGUGUGGAGCCUUAAUAAGUCUUGAAGCUUUUUAUCUGAAAGGCUCGGCAGGAAAAGAUGGACUAAAUCAAAUACUUCAGUAUAUGAAAAAUCAGCUUGAACUCUGAUGCAGUUUUUUUUAUGUAUAUAUGUAAUAUACAAUACUGUACCUCUUACAAUGGUUUUUCAUCCAUUAGAGAUUGAAAGCUUACUGAAGUACACCAAUAACUCUUAAUAUAAUUUUAAUUUGAUGUUUUACAAAUGUGAAAUAUAUUUGCUUCAAGAUAUAUGUUCUAAAACUUUUUAUGAUUAAGGAACCCAGUGGAUGUUCUUGGCAUUAGCUCAUCUGUUAUAGUCUCAUAAUAUAGUAACAUUGUAAUACACAGGCAGUCCCUUGUUAAUGAUGGGGGUUCCGUUCCAGGCUGAUCACUGAUAACCGAAAAUUGUCAUUAACCAGAACAUCACAAUAAUUAUGGUAGGCAUUUAUGAUCAGCACUGAUAAACUGCUUACCAAUGCCCAUAAACCUCUUAUGGAUGCCAAAAAUCUGAUUAACAACGUUGUUAGCCAAGCGCUAUAAAACCAAAAUGCCAAUAACCGAUGCUGCCAUUAAGCGGGGACUGCCUGUAUAGCUAACAUUUAAGUGCUCAGUGAAUGAUUAUCAUCAGUUGUUCUCUGUUCCAACUUUGAAUAUUUUUUUCUGUGGUUACAGUGCACUUUAAAUUCAGUAUGGAAGAGUAAAAGGGAAAAAUUUAUUCACUCUUCGUGUUUCAUGACUAAUUGACAAUGCCUCCCUAGUUAUGAUGGGGUUUAAUCUGACCCAUGGCUAAAGCGAAUAUGUUUUAGGUUGGAAAUAGUCUUUAUGUUGUGGGGGUAGCCAUUUUGUUACAGAAGCAUUAUUUCCAAUGUAGUGCAUUUAUAUACUAUGUAUGAAAAUAAAGGUAUAGCCAUGAACUUUUUAA